CGUCAGCCAGAGGAAGCGGAGGGAAAAAGCUGUGGAAUGGCGGACGGUGGGCAGGGGCCGCUGAGGUGGUGACGGCGAGGAGCGGGAGGAAGGCGCAGAGAAGUUGGGGCGGGCAGCUCACUGACUGUCAGAUUCGUAGAGGUCUGGAGAACACCUAGCAAGGUCCUAUAGAACCCUGCCUGAAACUGGUCCACCAUGCCGUUAGUAACGAGAAACAUCGAGCCAAGGCACCUGUGCCGUCAGAUGCUGCCGAGUGUUCGGAAUGAACUGGAGUGCGUGACCAACAUAACCCUGGCAAAUGUCAUUCGACAGCUGGGCAGCCUGAGUAAAUUUGCUGAGGACAUAUUUGGCGAGCUUUUCACACAGGCCAACACCUUUGCCUUUCGUGUAAGCUCCCUAGUUGAGAGAGUAGACCGCCUGCAAGUCAAAGUCACUCAGCUGGAUCCCAAGGAGGAGGAAGUGUCCCUGCAAGGUAUUAACACAAGGAAAGCCUUCAAAAGCUCCACAACUCAGGACCAAAAGCUCUUUGACAGAGACUCUCUCCCAGUGCCUGUCCUUGAAACAUACAGUGUUUGCAAUACGCCACCACCUCUUAACAUUCUCUCCCCUUACAGGGAUGAUGGCAAAGAAGCGCUUAAAUUCUACACAGAUCCAUCCUACUUCUUUGAUCUCUGGAAGGAGAAAAUGCUACAAGACACCAAGGAUAUCAUGAAAGAAAAACGGAAGCAUCGGAAAGAAAAGAAGGACAAUCCGAACCGAGGAAAUGUGAAUCCACGGAAAAUCAAAACCCGGAAGGAGGAGUGGGAGAAAAUGAAAAUGGGACAAGAGUUUGUAGAGUCAAGGGAAAAAUUUGGACCACCUGGGUACCACUCUAAUAUGGUGUACCAGAAUGGCAGCAUUGGCUCUGACGAAAGCGUAGAUGCAGGCUACUACCUGCCUCCACCACAGCUGGAUUCAGUUCCGUCAUCUCCUCCUUCGUUCAUGGAGGACAGUCUUCCUCCACCACCAAUUGAAUUUAGCUAUCCAGUGCACAACCAAAGUAGUUCCGGAGGGCUGAAGAAAUCAGGCCUCGUCAGCCCAAGCCACCCUCCACCAGCUCCACCCAUUGGUUCUCCACAGGGAGGCCGGCCGGGAUUUUCACCACCUCCUGCACCUCCGCCACCACCGCCAAUGACGGGGGUUCCUCCACCACCACCUCUUGCUGGCUUCCCAAAUGUGGGGGUCCCACCACCUCCCUCUCCUCCUUCUUUUCCUCCUCACCCUGAUUUUGCUGCCCCUCCACCCCCACCUCCGCCAGCAGCAGAGUUUACUCUUGCACCCCCAGCCAUGUCACCCCAACAGGGUGGUGGCGCACCCCCACCUCCUCCACCCCCACCCCCUCCUGGGCCCCCUCCUUCUUCCUUUGGUGGUGCAGAUGGCCCAGAAGCUCUUCCGCAGCUGGACUCAACGCCUUCCAAGUCAAAGUCCUCACUGCCUGAUGUUAGUGAGGCUAGAAGUGACUUGCUUUCUGCUAUUCGUCAAGGAUUCCAGCUCCGCAAAGUAGAAGAGCAGCGUGAGCAAGAAAAGCGAGAUAUCGGGGGCAACGACGUGGCGACCAUCCUUUCCCGCCGCAUUGCGGUGGAGUACAGCGACUCAGAAGACGAUUCUUCAGAGUUUGAUGAAGACGAGUGGUCCGACUAGCUGCCCCUGCGCCACCCGGUCUCUUUGAAAGCAAGAGGAAGCAGCCACCCUUGCCCAGAUUGCCAAAACUCUACUUGCUUAUUUCUCUCCUCCAGUAACCAAAGAUUGCUAUACCAAGGGCUUCCAGUCGACCGCCAGCCUUCUUUCAUAGACAGGACUUGUGCGCCCUCUCCAAUGAAAGAGGGUAGCGGAAAUUAACUCCAAAUCUUCAGAUUCUCAGGGCUCUAGAACAAAAUCCGAUGAAUGAUUUCUCUUGGGGGCAGGGGUCAAUGUAGCUGCAGGCAAGCUUGAAAAUUACAGGCCCCAAUGCAGCCGAGAAGCAUCCUUUCAAGCGGCCGCCAUUUUGAAAGGCAAUAUAUUUGCCGAUGGCUCUUUUAUUCCCCUUUGCAUCACUAUGCGCGGUAUUGGAAAAGAAGCUCGGCAGCCAGAGGGUGAGUGGCUUAUGUAGCCACUCAAAUUGGGAAAUGCUGCAAGGAGACAGGCUUGAUUUUCUGUUUUCUGUCCAUUAACAGUCUCUUAAGGGCUAAAAUGGAUGCUUGAGGAGGGUUGCCUUUUAUUGUCAAGCAGCUAAACCCUCUUCAAUCAUUUGGUGUGGACCUCCAAUACUAUCUAAAUGGGAAGAAUGAUGCAAAGACCACAGGAUCCUACCAGCUUUUCCAGUUGUUCUUGUCCAGUUCUCUUCCUCACCAAAGUCCCCCCCCCCCUCAUCCCAGGCAACAAAGCCUUUCCAUUGGUCAAAAGGGGAUCCCUCCUUGUUCUUUCACUAGCGAAAAGUCUGGUGUGAUCCCCCGCCAUGCCCCACUAACCCUUUUGGCCUUAUUUCCAUAUUGUCUAGUUAUUUGUCGCCAUGUGAGCUGAAUUGGGAGGUAGUUUUCCAGUGUUCGGAGAGGACCCAGAAGCAGCAGGCAUGGCCUUGCGGUGUAACAUGGUCUUGGAACCCUAAGCAGAGACCUCUGUGGUACUCUGGCAAAGUAGCAAAUUAAAGUCAUCGGCCCAUGCUGCUCUUCCUCUCCAGACAUCCCAUGGAGGCUUUGUGGACCAAAUUGGUCAUUGAUAAUACAUAUCCAGUCUGCUUUUACGAGCUUGCUUUAACCCCUUUCCGAAUCAGUUCUGCCUUGUUCAUUACCAGACCAAAAAACAAAAAUUCCCUCUCCCAGCUUGAAUUGCGUGGGUGGGAGAAAAAUUGCUUCGAGUGUGUGACGAUAAAGCUGUAGAUGAUUUUAAAUACGUAAAAUUAGGUUUUACUUCAAAUCCAGAACAUCAGCAUUAAAUACGAAUUCCUCUCUUUAAUGAGUGCCUUUUGAAAUGGCUCGUUUGAGCUUUCCUGUCCAAGAGCUGGUAUGCAAAAUAACCCAAGGGCAGGCCUUCGGAUACAGAUCCCAGGCUACUAGAGUGGGCCUGGAUGACCCCUCAUAAAUAAGAAACCUGAUUCUGUGUGUCAAUAAGGGUACCUAACAUCCCCUUUGCCAGUUUGAAACUCUUUGCCCUACAUGACUUUUUUUCUUUUUGAGCUACGAUAUGUCUUGUAACUUUCUUUCCUGUGGCAAAAGCGAGUUGUAAUUGGUAGAGGAGUCGUCGUGGGUAUGGUGGUGUCCUUUGGGUCUUCUGCUUACAAAUUUCCUUAUUACAUUUUUUCCCCAAAGGCUCCAGAGCUUUAGAUGCCAGACAUUCUUAAUAGCCCAGGUAUUGUUGGUUUUGGCGAAGAGACUGAAGAAUAGGGGGUUGCUUUUGUCCGUCUGAGCUCAACACCCCAGCGAAGGUAGUGGGAAAGAGCUCACAUGUCAGCUUCACCAGGGGAGCCCCUUUCCUUCUCAGAACAUACUCAGAUUCUGGUGCUUCGCUUAGGGGCACAGAGCAGCCGCAGAUCUGUUUUCCUUGUUAGGCGGGGAAGAAAGGGACCGACUCGUUCUUGCUGGUGAGCUUAGCUGUAAAAAGCUCUCAAGAGUUAGGUGCGUAAAAUGCUGCAUGAGAUUUUUUUUUUAAAUGGCGCCAGCCAAACCAUUUUCUUUCUUUCUUUUUUCAUCUUUUGCUGUUUAAAAAAAAUCUGUUAGAAGGAAGGAAGGCCCUGUGUCUUCUGUGAUUUGGAACACAACAGUCCCAUUCGCUAAGCACAGUUCAGCAGCUUUCCGAUAAUAAAAUGCAGUGGCCUUAAAUACCUGUUCUGCUCCUGUAGAUCUUCCCAAUCUGGGGUGUCAAGCCCUGCGCAAUACGACUGGCAACUUGGUGCUCGCGUAACUGCUAGGGAAUUGUGUUCGUAUGUAUGUACUUGUCGAAGGGAACAAACGGUGCUUCACACGGACUAGCACACACACAUUCAGUUGACCUUCCUUUUUGUGCUUGGGAGGAGAGUGGCUCGUGUGCCUGUGAUGUUGUGCCCCUCCCUCCCAGUGGUGUGCAGAAUAACUGUUUCAAUCCGAGUUGGUAACCAGCUGAUCCAAGCCAGGACGUGGUGUGGUGUUCUUAAGUGAUCCAGAAUGAAAAAAAUAUGAGCUUCUCUGCAGAUUAAAUAUUAAUAAAAAACCAAUCAGGGCACCUCUUUCCACUGUUAAAAUGUAUCUUGAGUAUUUUCUCUCCAUCGCCACCCUGGCUUCCCAGCAGUCCGGAUCUCCCCCCCCCCUUUCCCUUUUCCACACCAGCUGAUCAAUUCCAGGUUCAGGAAUCCUUCAGAGACCCAAAGGCCACAGAGAGGUGUCAGGCAGCCUUUUGGUAGAAACGGGGACUGCUUUAAAAUGUGCCUGCUUUUGAAUUCCGUGCCUGGGGGAAACAGGCUGUGUCCUUUUAACAGGUUGCUGUGCCUUCAGAGACACUCAUGCAGUGCUGUCUUUGAUUUUCUUUCGUAUGCCUUUUUUCACCGAUUCUGCAAGUGGACUUAGAAGAGCCUGGGAUUGGGAAUCUGAUUUUUUUAAAAAAAAAAUGCACCUCUUAACAUGAUUCAUUUAAUUGAUUAAAAUACUAACCAAUGUUUUACUUCCUGUAUAGGUGAUUUUCGUAAGUGCCUUAUUUCAUAUGACAUGAAUAUAUUUAUGAGUAAUUAUUGCAAAAUGUAUCAUAGAAGGUGAAGAUCAAAUGCUACCAGAGCCUCCCUUUUGAAUCCCCCCAGUGGCUGAUUUCCAAUGCAGUCCUAAGCAGAGGGCCCAUAACUUCAGUGGACUUAGAAGGGAAUAACUCUGCUCACAUUCUGGUUGGGGUGACAUCAUUAAAAUAGACCCAUCAGAUAAGCCUUGGAAUUGGUGUGGGAUACAGUCAUAGCUGGAGUUCCUUGAAGCUUUGCAGUGGGAAAUACUGUUGGACCAAGAAUCUAGUUCACAAACGCUCCUGGCCAAUGCUGUGAUCUCCCAGAUUGAGGAGCAUGUUUUCACAUGUUUGCUGAAGACAAGGUGCUUGGUACUGUCUGUCUGCACAUACAGUAUGCCUGGUAACUGGCUGUCACAGACUCAAGACAGAACGAAUUGGUCUUAAGACUGGAUCUAAGGCCAUUUCUGCAUGGCCAGCUGAGCAGGGGUGCAUUGGCAUAGUUUAUGCCAAUGCACCCCCCGGGGCUGUUCUCAUGGACGGUCCCGCUGGCUGCGCAGCCGGUGGCUCAGCCUUCAUACCGGCUGCACUGCUCCCAAAUGGCUCUUACCUUCUGCCACCUUCCAUUGCGUUGUGGAGGCCAGGGGACACAUGCCCCACCUGUGGCCAGAGUGACAGCUCUGGGGUCGGAGGCCAGGAGGCAUGUCCCCUGGCUUCCACAAAGUGACAGAAGGCAGCAGAAGGUAAGAGCCGUUCGGGAGGGCCAUUCACUCGGCACCGAAUGGAAGCCAGCGUUUUCCAAAAACCUCGCUCCCCGGGGUUCAAAAAUUCAAUUUCGGGGGGGGGGGGGGACCACUGCAUCAAUUUGGCAGUGGCGUCUGUGAGAGGGUCCCCCCCAAAUGGUGUUUUAUCAGGCUGAAAUAAUUGAUUUCAGCCCGUGCGGAAACAGCCUAAAAGUAGACAGUUCCAUUGAAUCAAUAAAUACUAGAAUGACCCUGCCCUUGUUCAGCACCAGGGCCAGUAACAUGUAUGUUUCUGCUCAGCCUGAUUGUCAGGUGCCGAAUUCUAGUCAGUGAGGAGGGGCCUUCAUGUCUUUGACCAUCUUUAAAGUUGCCCUCCUUCAGAAUUUGGCAGCCUCUGCUCGCGUUUUUUUUUAAACAUUUCUUGGUAGUUGCUGUUUUUAAUCCAAACUUUUAAUGUGGCUUUUGUAAUCUCUUUGGUUAGUCGUUCUGUCUCUCUUUUUCUUGAGGGACUGUUUGUAAUGUGCGUGCGUGUGUUUUAAGGGUCCUUUUUACUGUGUAAACUUCAAAGCAAUCAUAAAUUCUUUCUAGCCAA